UAUUUACAUUAUUGUUUGUUUCAGGCGAACGUGCCCCGCGUUCACGGCAAAGACACAGAACUAUCGUGGCAGCCGCUCCUGGAGCCUGACAGAGAGAAGCAAAAACCACCAUUAGCUGGGCCAGAGAUCGAUGACUUGGACGACGAAGUGCACAAUCCAUCCGGCCCAUACCCUGGCAUCGAUGAAGGACUUCUGGAUAUCGAUGGAAGCAAGCCGGAUCACCCGAUUGGUGGAGAAGAUGACAAGUAUCCGGCCAGCGAAGAUGGGUUGACGCACGAAGACGGCGCCCACACCGACGACGGUAAAUGGCUCGCAUCGUCGGGCGAUGAAAUCGACUAUCCUUACGAUGGGGGCAAAGCAGUCGGGUCUCAUGAUGGCGUCAACGGGCUCGGCAACAGAUUUGGAGACGACAGGCCCAUCUCACCCAUGCCCGGGAUUACGCCGAACAUGAACACAUACCAACAGAAGAAGAAUCUUGCCCAGGGCAUGAUGGACCUGGCGCUGUUGUCUGCCAACGCAAACCAGCUGCGCUACGUUCUGGAAUCAUCCACCAACCACCCGUACUACUACUCCAGUGUGACGUUCAUCUCUCUCAGCAUUAUCCUACAGAUCGCCGUCGGUGUUGGCCUAAUCAUGAACAGCCAGUACGACGUCAACGAAAAGGAUGACAUCCACAAAGCGGACAAAAUAAAUAACAUGACAGUGCUGGGCGUGUUCCUGGUCACCAUCGUUAAUGUGUUCAUCACGUCGUUCAGCGUGGCCACGCCGGCCGUGGCCCCCACCUAGCGGCCUCGCGUCCACUCCGCGACAUCUAGCGACAACAAACUCUAACUUUAUAUAAGUGAAGUUUUAGUAAUGUUCCUAUAGAGGUCUAUUUAAGCUGUUUUCGUCUUGUAUCUCAAUUGUAAUGUUUUUUAAAAGUAUUUGUACACCAAACCAGUAUACGGCUGUGUCAGUCCGUGUAUUAUGAUUCUUAAAUGUUCAUGUCUACUUACUACCAUUAUAGCUGGCACAAAGAUGUGCUUGUUAUUAGUACAGUAGGUACUAUUUGUGUGUUCCACAUUAUGUGACAAUACUCAAUAGUAAAAGCAUUGGAUGCGUAGCAAUUUUGACUGUAUAUUAGGCAAUAUUAUAAGGUAUUGGAUGCGUAAAAAGAUUGAUUGUCCGUAAGGCAAUAUUAUGAGACUGAACAUGUGACGCGCACAGUAAUGACCGCAGUACUUUUAGUUCAUAUUAUAAAGUUUCACAUAAUGUGGAGUUGAUUUAGUAUAAGUUGUCGUUGGAUUUUAACCAGUCUUAGAAUCUCUGUAGUAUAUCAAGACUGACGGCUCAACUACCAACGAAUAUAACGUCUAGGCCAGAGGCGGCUUUACCUAUUGUGCAGGGUGUGAGCUGCACACGGGCGCAGUAUGUCAGGGGGGCGCUACACACGACACCUUCAGA